AACAAGAACAAGCUGAACAGAACAACAAUCCGGAUUGUAUCAGAUUUAUGAGCUAAAACACACAUCUAGGGGCUGAUUUGCAUUUGUUUCUUUGAUUAAUAUCUUCAUUAAAAUAUGUAGGCAAACAAGAGGACAACAACUCAGAUGUAAAUGUUUAAGAGCAGUGGAAGUUGAAGUGGACGCAGCAGUAUCUCAGGUUCCUGCUGUUGUGAUGAUCUGAGCUCCAUGUCCUCCUGAGAUCUCGUCUGUUCGGUGUGGGACGGUUCGUCAUGUCUGUGAAAUCGUGUCUGAUCUGAUCUGAUCUGAUGGGCAUUUUAAGGAGCACGAUGAUGGUACCAAAGUUUCAGCUGCUGGCACUGCUGGCCUUCACGGUGACCAUGCUGUUCCUGGAGAACCAGAUCCACCAGCUGGAGGAAUCCAGGACCAAACUGGAGCGCGCCGUCGCGAGGCUGGAGGUCCGCGACAUCGAGGAGCGCCGCUCUCAGGACGGGCCGAGGGACUCGGGCGAGAACGCGGAGGAGGACGCGGUGGUCAUCUACAACAGGGUCCCUAAAACGGCCAGCACCUCCUUCACCAACCUGGCGUACGACCUGUGCAGCAGGAACCACUACCACGUGCUUCACAUCAACACCAGCAAGAACAACCCGGUCAUGUCGCUGCAGGAUCAGGUGCGCUUUGUGAAGAACGUGACGGCGUGGCGGGAGAUGAAGCCGGCGUUCUACCACGGUCACGUUUCCUUCCUCGACUUCGCCAAAUUCGGAGUGACGAAGAAACCCAUUUACAUCAACAUAGUGCGCGACCCCAUCGAGCGCCUGGUCUCCUAUUACUACUUCCUGCGCUUCGGGGACGAUUACAGGCCCGGCCUGAGACGCCGAAAACAGGGCGACAAGAAGACGUUUGACGAGUGUGUGGCUGCAGGAGGAUCAGACUGUGCUCCGGAGAAACUUUGGCUCCAGAUUCCGUUCUUCUGUGGACAUUUCUCCGAGUGCUGGAACAUCGGGAGCCGCUGGGCGCUGGAACAGGCCAAGUAUAACGUCAUCAACGAAUACCUGCUGGUGGGAGUGACGGAGGAGCUGGAGGACUUCGUGAUGAUGCUGGAGGCGGCCCUGCCCCGGUUCUUCAGAGGCGCCACCGACCUCUUCAAAACGGGCAAGAAGUCCCACCUGAGGAAAACCAGCGAGAAGAAGCCGCCCACCAAGGAGUCCAUCGCCCGGCUGCAGCAGUCGCCCAUCUGGACGAUGGAGAACGAGUUUUACGAGUUCGCUCUGGAGCAGUUCCAGUUCGUCCGAGCCCACGCCGUCAGGGAGAAGGACGGCGAGCUGUACCUGCUGCCGCAGAACUUCUUCUACGAGAAGAUCUACCCCAAAACCUCCUGAGAGCGACGGGCCGGCCGCGCUGGCGCCCGUCGAUGUUGUCUUGUUCGCUGGAGACGGACUGGUCGGCGCUGGGAUCCGUACAUUUCUUUACAUUUUAUAUCGAUGUGCAUUUUAUAUUUAAGUCCGGUCCGAGCUGCGUGGCCGAUCCUGCUCAAGGGUCCUACAGAGACUCGAGACCUUUCGGUGAUCCGAGAUGAACUUCAGCUCAGUUAUGAAUGUUUAUCUGUGGGCUUUGGAUAUGACUAAACUUUAAUUAAAAGCAUAGUUCACCUAAAAUGACUGCUCAUCAAGUACAAACCCCAUUUCCAGAAAAGUUGGGACGGUAGAAUAGAAUAGACCGCCUUUAUUUGCCUUCUUCCACGGGUCAGCCGUCGUAUGCGCCCCCUGGAGCAGAGAGGGUUAAGGGCCUUGCACAAGGGCCCAACGGUGUCUGCAUGGCAAAGCUGGGAUUCGAUCUCACAACCUUUCAGGUGAUACUCCAAAGCUCUACCGACUAGGCCACCACUGUAAACAAACACAUUUAGAAUUUGAUCCCUGUAACGCGCUCCAAAAAACCCAGGACGGGGGCGUGUUUUGGAAACGGGGUUUGUAUGAUUGGAAGCUAGAAGAACUGGUUCCCAGUACCUUUCAUUGACUGGGACUGAGCUUUUGACUAAUGUCGUGUUCAUUCAUCGUCAGUAAGUGCCCUAUCCUGGCCAGGGUCAAAGUGGAUACAGAGCCUGUCUCAGGCGGCAUGCAUUGACCCAUUCAUUUACUUACACCAAGGCUAUGUUACGAUAGCCAGUCCACCUACUUGCAUGUUAGAGGAACCUGGAAAACCCUGGAGAAACAAACAGAGAAUGAGAGAACAUGCCAAUCUCCACACAGAGUAGACCUAAAGUUUAGUUUGAUCAUCCAACCUCAGUCAGUCAUAUGACCUGCCAACCAGCAAUCCUGGGAUAUGAUUAUUUCUGUGACUGAUCUUUUCUCUGACUGAAUGGUUGUAAAUUAGUGGCACGGUCUCCCAAUUCAUCAUUAGAGAUUAUGCUUGGCCUUAAAUGAUGGCUUCUCUGUGCCCGUUUAAAUUGAGCCCAGAUCAAACGAUAAACCAGAGGGAAAUUUGUCUUGACGGUCCGAUAUAAUUCAGAAAUCGUUAAAAAAAAAAUGCAGAUCUGGCAGGAAUCCAAAGCUGCUAGAACACAGGUACUACUGUCCACAGUCAAGCAGGCUUGAAAUCAUCAUGGGCUUAGAGUCUGCGAUCGGAAACAACAUUUAAAGCCCAGGUACGAUCCCAUGCCUGAUCAUAUUAAAAUAAAACAUAAGCUUUUCUUUUGAUGUACGUUUAGAAACUAUUAGAUGUAUACCAUGAGGCCGAAUAUAUGUGGACACGCCCUCUUAAUUGAAUGGGAUCUCUUUGAAGCUCAUGGUCAGGUGUACACAUACAUACUGGUGCCAGUUCUUCAGCUUAGGGUUGGAAGACCGUUAUAACCAUAGUAUGAUGCCAAGCACAGAAAUCAGAUUUAGGGCCACGAGCCAAUAAUGAUGAGCCAAUCUUACAUAAGUGAUGAACACUGUUGGACUUAAGACGCAUCGAUUGUCGUCUUCAUGCCCCUGACGCUGUUUUUUUAUUUUUUAUUUCUUGUAUAGUAUUUUUGGAGUCCUGUAUUUCACUGCUGCCUAGGACUGAUGAUCAAUGUUCUGUAAUUCAUUUCUUUUUAUUUUGACCUUUUCUCUUUAAUAAGGGAUGCACCGAUUGAAACCUGACUUUUUUUUUUACACAAUACACAAAACCGAGCUCUGAAUAAAGUACCCGGCGGUGUUCAGGUAGAUACCCGGUUUAGCUCAGUAUAACUGAAGGUCUCAAGCUCUUGGGGAUGCUGUCGACCUGGCCUGGUGUCUUGAUGUGCAAAAGAAAAACUGCCCGAGCCCGAGGGAGGGCGGCCGCUGUGUAAUCGUGCCCUCUGCUAUAUUGUCGAGGUAUCUAUACUAGACUAAAGAUGGGUAAUUUGCCCUGAGUUUCGGCUCUCUGUGAGACUCCAUCGCUGACGGGUGUAAAAGCUGGGAAACACGCUGGACGGGUCGCCAGUCCAUCACAGACCUGAUAAAUUGAUCAGUCAAGAUAUUUUAUACUUGAAGUUUGCUACGUUCAGGAAGAGGGAUUUGUGGUGUACAUUUUGCCAGACUGUUGCUUUGUAAUGUAAAUAAACAUUCUGACUGGCUGAUCUGACAUGAUAUCUCUGUGUUGGACUGGAAAACGCAUCAAAAUGAAUUCCAUUUCUGGUCCCUGGAUCAAGAUCUCGACUCGUUUCAGAGUACAAUAGGUUCAGUAUCAGAUCGGUGCAUCCCUGACUGCAUUGCUUGGUUUGUCGUGUAUCUUUUCAGCUGUACUUAAGACUUCAUGUCCUGCUGGAUGGGGGAUUUUCAGCCCCCGAUUUGUACAUUGGAUUUUUUUAAAGUGUGUGAAAGACAGUAGAUGACUUGAUAA